GCAGCGAAAGUCUUGCCGUCACUCCAAAUCCCAGGAUGCUCCGGGUGACGCCAGUCUGCGUUUCCAGAGGAACGGCGACGCGUUGCAUCAACACAAGUGUUCUCCGCUCUUCGACUCCGACUUUCCGAAAGUUCGUCUGCUGUGAUUUCCUUCGACGCACUAGAAAGCCGCAACUACUAAGUAAAUAUUAUUGAACGGAGCAAUGGGUCGACCGAAAUACUUCACUCCCAACGAGGUGUCGAGGCACAACUGUCUCAACGAUCUCUGGGUUUCCUAUUUGGGUGAAGUAUAUGACCUUACACCCUUGCUGAAAGAGAAUAAAGGAAAUGUUUCCCUGAAACCUAUAAUUGAAUCUGCAGGAAAAGACAUAAGUCACUGGUUUAACCAAAAAAGCAAAGAUAUCCGGACGCAUAUUGACCCAAUGACUGGCUGCAAAAAAUACUACAUCCCCAACGGUCGACUUCUGCAUGUGCCACCUCCCUGCCCACGCACAGACUGGGCAACUGACUUUGGCUGCCCCUGGUGGAAAGAUAACCAAUAUUAUAUCGGCAAAUUAUCAGCCAAGACCAGAUUCAUACGGAUUAUAAACACAUUGACUUCACAGGAGCAAACCAUUGAGGUCUGCUCUGAAGAGAACAUGAUGGAGAUAUUGGAAAGAUAUCUAAAGUACAACGCUCAUGCAGCCAGCUACACGUGGAAGUAUAACAAUGUUAAUCUGGAUAUGUCCCAGACUCUAGCAGAGAAUGGAGUGGAGGACGAGGAUGAGGAAUUCUAUACCCUGCGUAUGGACAGGGAUUGCUGGGCUCCCGCCAUCCAUUUAUACUUUAAUGAUGACCUCACAGAACUCUAAGCAGUAUUUUUUCUUCUUGAAGCACUUUGCAGUCAUCUUACUUAGGAUUAUAAUAUUAUGUGCCAUGUGAUGACUACCGAAGCAACACUGCAGGAGUCCGCUACUUACGUCUGUUUGUUCACUCUUUGUUAGCAUGAAGCAGAUAGUAGAAGACAUUUUAGAUUAUUCAGGGCCUUCAAAUGACAUACAGCAGCUAUUCGUUCAUUCUAAACAAUGUUUUUUAUCAACUGGAAUACAUUAUGUCAAAAUUAAAAAACUUCCACAUUUUAAUGAUAAAGUAUUUAUUAUAAAUAAUAUUUAAGACCUCAAGAAUCACACCAUGUAUUUUUUGGUCAAAGUACCUUAACCUAACCAUGAAAUGUCCUGUCUCUGUCACUUACUGUUCAGAAUGUAGUACCCCGUAACGAGGUUGUGGUGACAUCUCAGUCGCCGAUCGGGUUCAGCAUGUGUCCUCACAUAUUUGAGAUGUCUGCACUCCGUGCACUGUUUUUAGACACUCACUUUAGUGAUUUAAGUUUGCUUUGCCUUCUGUAACAGUCCCUUUAAGUAAUGUAAUGCAUUUCACUGUAGAUGAAGUUUGUGCGUUUAUUCACAGUGUCCGUUUACGACCAGUAAACUUUGAAUUGACGUGAAGUGCAGACUAAGUAGUUAGCAGAAAAUGGUGUCCUGCACAGCAUUAAACAGUGGCAAGAAAAAUGAAAACAUGAUUAUACAAGACAGUUUUCUCAGUUUUUUCCUUUUGGGUAAGUACGAUACAAGCAAAUAUACAGCAUGCCUCGUCCGUUUUGAUGUUGUCACUGUGUAUGUGAAUCCUUUUUAAGUGUUUUGCUGGUACAGUAGUUGGAAAAAUCGCGUGAAGCCAAUCUGUCAGCCUCUUUUUGGUUCCUGAUGUUCUGAAGAAAAGUGGGAUAUGUGACAAUAGCUUCAUCUCAUAUUAGGUACAGCACCUUAACCCAUCUCAGCUGAAAUCCAAAGACGACUCUGAAAUUAUCACUGAAAGCUGCAAUUUUUAUACACAAACAAUCUCAGAAUAAAAAUAUUGAGAGCCUUGUCUGUUUAUUAAAGAAGACGUCAUGGCUGUCAGUGCUUCGUUGGGAUAAUCCUGCGCUUAUAUGCACUCAGACGAUUUAUAGCUCCGGCUUGUGACGUUUCGCCUUUCCACUUCAGCGUGUUCACGUGGGUUUCCGGUUGGACUAUUCAGAAAAAUGCAAGAUCGCU